AUGGGAUCUGAUCAUAAAGCCAUUGUCACUGAGUUUGGUGAGGAUUCGCCUUCAUUGGAUAAAAGAGAAAAAUUCAGGUCUCGAUUCCACUUCGAGGAGGCCUGGUGUGAAGAUGAGGAGUGUAAAUGGAUUAUCGAUGAUAAAUGGAAUAAUGGUGUUUUCUACAACAAUCCUAGUGAGCUAAAACUGAAAACGAAGGGGUGCAAGGAAGAUUUAAGGCGUUGGAAUCAUGAGAUGAGGAAACAAAUGAAUGCUAGAAUUGUUGAAGUUAAUCAGAGAAUUAAAGAUUUGUCUCUCUCUAUGGACCCCUGCAAUUGGAAACUGCUCAAAAUGGAGGAAAAAAUCUUGAAUUGUCUUUUGGAGAAAAAAGAAGUAUCAACUAGUCAUUCUGAUGAUAUCAUUGAUAGUGAUAUCAGGGGGAUUCAACCGAAAAUAAUGGAGGCUAUGAAUGAGAGCUUGCUGGCUAUGUUUACAAAGGAGGAUGUCAUCUCGGCUGUGAAGGGUAUGAACCCUAUAAAAGCCCUUGGGAUUGACGGGCUCCCAGCCCUUGUCUUCCAGAAAUUUUGGAGUUCGGUUGCUAAAGCUAAUAAAAUUGAAGAGUACCGUCCUAUUAGUCUUUGCAACGUGGUGUACAAAAUUGUGUCAAAGUGUUUGGUUGAGCGUAUGAAAAGCUCUUUAAUGGUGGCUAUCUCAAACUCACAGAGUGCCUUUGUGUCGGGAAGAAUGAUCCAUGACAAUGAAAUUAUUGGAUAUGAAGGGAUGCAUUGUAUGAGAAAGGAUCGUUUUGGGAAUGGAAAGAAAAUGGCCUUAAAACUUGAUACGUCGAAGGUGUAUGACAGAGAUGAAUGGAGAUUUGUGGAGCAUAUGAUGUUGAAGCUGGGCUAUCAUGGUGAAUGGGUCAAGAAAAUCAUGGGGUGUAUCAAUUAUGUAUCCUUUUCUUUCUUGUUGAAUGGGGAUGUCAAAGGCAAAGUGAUACCAGAGCGUGGCCUCCGCCAAGGUGACCCCCUCUCUCCUUUCAUAUUCAUUCUUUGUGCUGAAGCUCUUUCUUGUUUGAUCUUGGAUGCUGAACAGAGAAAUCUCUUAGAGGGCCUGUGUUUUGGUAGAAAUGGUGUUAAAGUAUCCCACUUAUUUUUUGCUUAUGACAACAUUAUGUUUCUCAAUGCUCAUGUUGAUGAGUGUAGAUCGAUGAAAGAAAUUCUUCAUUGUUAUUCUCUUGCUUCGAGCCAGGUGAUAAAUUUUAGCAAAUCUGAAGUCUAUUUUGGUAACAAAGUUGAUGACUGCGCUAAGAAAGCCCUAGUGGAGUUUUUUGAGGUUAAAUUACCAAUCAUUUUGAGAGGCAAAGAGGUUCUGAUAAAGGCAGUGGUGCAGGCUAUGCUUAAUUAUGCUAUGAACUGUUUCAAACUCCCAUUGAAUCUGAUAAAUAAUAUUCAUAGUAUUGCCGCUAAGUUUUGGUGGGGAUCAACUGAGAAGAAAAGGAAAAUUCACUGGUGCAAAUGGGAAGUGUUGUGUAGAAGAAAGCUCAAAGGAGGUAUGGGCUUCAAAGAUAUGGAACUUUUCAAUAAAGCAAUGCUUGCUAAACAAUGUUGGAGAUUACUAAGAUUUCUUGAUUCCCUUGUUGCUAAAGUCCUCCGAUAUAGCUACCAUAAUAAUUGA